CUUCGCACUCAUCUUCACAUUCGUCCCUUCCAACGAAGCUCUACAAUGGCAAGAACCAAGCAGACUGCCCGCAAGUCCACCGGUGGCAAGGCCCCGAGGAAGCAGCUCGCCACCAAGGCAGCGCGUAAAAGCGCACCGGCUACCGGUGGCGUGAAGAAGCCUCACCGUUACAGGCCAGGAACUGUGGCUCUGAGAGAGAUCCGUCGCUACCAGAAAUCCACUGAGCUGCUGAUCCGCAAGCUGCCCUUCCAGCGUCUGGUCAGAGAAAUCGCUCAGGAUUUCAAAACUGACCUGCGCUUCCAGAGCUCUGCUGUCAUGGCUCUGCAGGAGGCUAGCGAGGCUUACCUGGUUGGUCUGUUCGAGGACACCAACCUGUGCGCCAUCCACGCCAAGAGAGUGACCAUCAUGCCCAAGGACAUCCAGCUGGCUCGUCGUAUCCGCGGAGAGCGUGCUUAAGCCUUUCUCUCUAAACCCC